CCCGUACAAAAGCCGAAAAUUUUCAAUCUAUUUUAAUAAUAGAAACCCAAAAUUAAAAUAAAUAAAUAAAUAAAUGGUUUACACUUUACAGUACUAGAACCUUGAAACCGGUUAUAGUCGGUAAAAGCACCUGCUUCGCUGACCUCGUGAGGCGGUCUAAGUUCCCGAGUGUUUCACCGUCUGAUUCGGUUGCUUUGUCAAUUUCCCACUUCUCGCUCGGUCGUACACUUUUCUUUUCAUCUGCUUUUUUAUUUUUAUUUUUAGUCUCUCUCGGCGUUUUGAGAUUCGCUCGCUCCGAUUUCUCUGCGAAUCGACGCUCGGUUACGUACUUUAUCAGUUCUUGAUUAACAAACCAGGAAGUUUCUCAAGGAUGAAAACCGCAAAGGGUAAGGGGACGGCAAAGUACUCAAAGGAAGUUUUGAAGCCUGUGGAUGACAGGAAUGUUGGGAAGCGGAAGGCUGCCGAAAGGAGCAGUAAACGCCAGGUCAAGAAUGUUAAGAAGGCUAAGAAAGACCCGAACAAGCCCAAGAGGCCAUCUAGUGCUUUCUUUGUGUUCCUUGAGGAGUUCAGGAAAGAAUUCAAGAAGGAAAACCCUAAUGUGAAGGCUGUAUCGGCUGUUGGAAAAGCUGGAGGAGCAAAGUGGAAAUCCAUGUCUAGUGCUGAGAAAGCACAGUAUGAAGCCAAGGCCGCAAAAAGGAAGACUGAUUAUGAGAAGCAAAUGAAGGCAUACAACAAGAAGCAGGAGAGCACAGCAGAUGAUGAUGAUGAGGAAUCAGACAGGUCAAAAUCUGAAGUGCAUGAUGAUGAGGAUAAUGAUGAGGAGGGAGGGCAGCAUGAAGAGGAGGUGGAGGAAGAGGAGGAGGACGAGGAAGAGGAUGAUGACUGAAACUAGUAAUUCUCAACUGCGGCUAGUAAUUCUCAACUGCGGCGGAAUGUUUAAUACUCAAGGGGUCAAAUGGUAUAGAUUUUGUAUGUUCAUAACUUUAGUUUAGGUUUAGGUUGCAUGUGGUGUAUCCGUGAACAAAGAACGCCCCCUUGUGCUGCCAUAAUUUUAUUAUUACAAGCAUAACCGGCUAUAUGUUACCUCGGUAUUUAUUUU